CAAAUAAAAAAUAUAUAUUAUCAAACAUCUAUAUUAUAAAAUAAUAUAUUAUCCUCUCUAUAUGUAAACUACAAAACAUAAAAAAUAUACAUGGAUUUUUUAUAAAACCAGCGGUUUAUAAGUUUCUAUUGAACACAAAUUAAAUGAAACAUCCGCGCGGAAACGCAGAUCAAGUUCUAGUUAGUAUUAAAAUAUAUGAAGGUAAAAACAUAAAAACAAGAAAGUUACUUUUUAUAAAAAAAAUUAUUAAAUAUAAAAUUAAAGUAAUUUAAUUAACUGUAAAAUAAAAUUUUAAAAUAUAACCUGUCACAUGGUUUUCAAUAAAGUUGUUAAAUAUGAAAACUUUUGUAGAUACAAUAUAUAUUAAUGAUUUAUAUUUUGAAGCACUUAAUAUUUUUUUUAAACAUUACUUUUUGAAAAAGUGGAAAGAGUAUAAUCAUUAACGAUUUAAAACUAAUCACCCUUAAUUAAUGGGCUUCACAUGUCUUUACCAAAUUCCUAAGCUUUUUCUGGAGCUAAAAAAAUUAACAUACAUGCAAAAAUCAAGGUCUUCUUCCUUUUCUCGAGAAACUUAGUUGCAGGUGGUGAGUUCAAAAAAAAACUUAGUUGCAGGUGUAUUUAUAAAGAGUUAAAAAAACGGAGCUUUCUUGUUUGGUUCCCUCUGACUUUUCCAGAUCCCUCUCUCUUCUGAGACGUGUCUGAAACUUUUCAAGAAAUAAUAGUAUUCGUCUUCGUUUAUUAUAUAUAAAUAUAUGAAAUAUAUAUAUAUAUAUCUUCGUUUAAGAGUGAUACUCGGUUUAAACUUUAAAGAUUUAAAUCAGAUAAUCUCAAAAGUCCAUUAACUAACAUCGAUGGAUAACGUGACAUUCUCAACUUCUUUUUAGCUCUGUUUUAUUUUGUCUUAAAAUCAAGUUUCUGUGGAGUGAUGAAAAUGGUAGAUAAAACUGAUGAAGAAAAGCAUUUUUCUUGGUGUUAUUUUCCUUUACAUCUGCCAUUGCUGUUUGUUUUUGUAACAGUAAUUCCAUUUGUAGCUUUCCUCUGUUUCUUAAGCUUUUAUGGUUUCUCCUCUCUCCUAGUGACCAUGGCAAUCUUGUUCAUCUCUACUUUUGUUUUCCUUCUGAGAUUUUUCAAGAAAAAAACAAGAGACUAUUUGGUUGAUCUAUCUCAAAAUGAAGUCGAUGCUAGUGUUGAUGCUGUUGCUAAUGAUAAUUAUGAUAUUGAGGAGGAGGAUGAAGAUGGUCUCAUUGAGAUUCUUCUUGUGAGUGAAGAAGCAGAGACUAUAGGGGCAAUGAGGAACAUUAAUCAGAGUCGACAGAGAAUUAGGGUUGAUGAAGAUGAACAAGAAGAGAUAGAUGAUGUGAUUAUGGAAGAAGAUAAUCUUAUUGAGAUUGAUAUUUCCAUUGGAUCUAUUAAAAGACGAAAUAAAUGAAAGUUUACAAUAUUUGUUUUUGUUUUUUCCUCAAAUGUACAAAGGUCCAACAUUUUAAUAUUUUGGAGUUUUUGUUUAUUGGUGGUUGAGAUUUAGGGUUUAAUUUAUGGUUUAUAUGAAACUUGUAUUAGUCUAUUAGCUUUGAUGGAUAUUACUGAUAGGAAACAAUUAUAUACUAGGAUAAGACUUCCGCCUUGCGCAGGAUAAAUUUAUAUACAAAUUAUUUAAAAAAUAGUAUACGGAAAAAUAAAUUUAUAUUCUUGAUUGAAUUAAUAUUUUGGUAUUUAAACAAUUUUUUUAAAAAAUUUUUGUUAAUUAGAUAAUUUGUUUACUGACGAGCUGAUCUCAUUUAAAAAAAUUAGGUCAAAAAAUCAUUUACCGCAUAAGAACCUAACGUUUAGGUCGAAAAAUCUCGGGUCUAUUUGAUUACAAUGAAACUAUGUCAGCUCAGCAUUAUAUCAUGAUUUAGUAAUUUAAAAAUUAUUUAUGGUUAUGAGAAUUUUACGUUCACGUGUCAAUCCUAUAUAUCUUCAAUAUUUUCUCUUUUUCAUUUUGGUUAUUGUUCGAUAUAAAUAUUGAUUUUGAAGUUUAUUCUCAUUUCGUUUGUUUGUUUUGACCUUAGAUUUAGAAAAUGAUUAUGAUUUAGAAUAGAAUACAUAGUUAGGUUAAGAUAUGCACCUUUUGCAGAAUAAAUAUUUUAUAUUUUAUAUUUAUUUUAUGUUUUUCUGCAUAUUAUGAAAUAACAAAAUAAUAAGUAUAUAUAUUAAAUAACUAAGAAAUCAGUUACUAUUAUGUAAUAAAUUGGCGUG